GUUGCAGCGGUGACACAACCAUUGGUCAAGGGCAGCAAGCAUGUUCAAGACCUCCCUGGAGGGCUGCGCAUUUUUGUUGAGUGUGUGGCGGGGGAGGACUACUUUGCUUUCCGUCAGAGGCCAUCGUUGAACGACCACCGAAUCCUUCCCAUACAGUUGAACCCAAUGGGAACUCCAGAGAGAAGCCUUCAAGACGUGGCCCAGCUCUGCAAGGAGUCCAAGGUGAAAUGGUCCCUCACGGGACCGAGGACUGCUCGUUGGUGUGUGGCCUACCUGGCAGUCGAAAACUUAGGCUUCGAGGGCCACCACGAAAGACUGAGGACGGUCACCAAGGCGGAUGCUAGCAGUUGGGGCAUUCAAGAGCACUUCCAAGUUUCCAUGGCCGUCAGACAGGCCUUGUUGGUCGACCAGUUGGACGCCUUCAAUUUGUUGAGCAUUGAGGUACAAUUCAGGCGGCUACAAACCAUCGAGUUCUCCUACUCCGAGAAAGCACGUGAACUGGAGGCCAAAUCUGUGGGCGGGAGGCUCUCCCUCGAAGAGCAAACGACGUUUGGCGGGGUGACUCGCCAAUUCUCCACCCUGAUGAUUUGUCCAGAGUUGUUGACCCACGUCAAAGAAGAAACAGAACGGGAGGCAUCGUUGGCCAAGAAUUUGAGGAAGGCUCGGCGGCAAGCAGUCGGAGAACCCUUGAACUACAAGGUGCAGGCUGGUGAAGGUCCUAGCUGGCCUGUUGAACAAUCAGGACUUGACCACACCCGGAAGACAGACAGAGAUAUUUUUCCUUUACCUCAUGUACAGCAUACAUUGCCACCCUUGGGACUUUUCUCGCGGAAGAGCCGUCAGAGGAUCGGCCGGAGGAGGCAUUUUGAGGAGGAGGUUGAGCACACGGUCCAAUCGCUCAAUGCGAUGUACGGCCGGCCUUUGCGAGGCGGAGUUCAUCUUCCACAGCAGGCCCCUAGCCGGGCUCAGACACGUUUUCUUGAAUUCAUUGAGCAAGCAAACAGGAGGGUUGGGGCUCCCCCUGACCUCUCCGGCCCAGAGGCCCUUGAGGAGCUUCGGGUUCAAGAGGGGUAUGCCGAAUUGCCUACGGCAUCGCCACUCGGGUCCUUCGAUCCCGAACUUGUUUCAUUGCCGGCGGGAGACAAACAGCCAGUGCCACUCGCUACGUUGUGGGGCAAGGACGGGCAACAAGAGGUGGAGGAUUUCACUCGCACUCAGACGCUUGGGGCUGCAGAGGCUCAUAGAAGGCUGGAGGCGAGUGGUGUCGUGAAAUGUUAUGAGGAUCCACAACUCAGAGACCCCGUCAAGUACAGAUCGUUUAUACAGACAUUGCAUCGUUUGAACCUGGUUUCAUUUCAGCGUGAAGCCCCAGAGCCGGAGGGAAUCCACCUGGCCACAGGUGAUAGCAUUGGUCGGUUGGAGUUGUCCGAGGAGGCACCCCUUUAUGUUUGUUCAGCAGACCUGCAAAAUGCUUUCUACACUAUGGCAAUGCCGGAAGCGCGAGUCACGGCAGAGAGCAUGGGCCUGACAACGUUGGAGGGCAGCCCACUUCGUCCGGGUGACUGGAUAUACCCUGUGGUGUCUGUCAUUCCUAUGGGAUGGACGCAUGCCAUGGUGUGGUGCCAGCGGAUCAAUGAGAGGAUCUGCGAAGAAGCAGGGCUGACGAACUCAGAGCGGCUCAGAGAUGGCAGCAGUGUUCCCUCCGGUGAUUUUUGGCACAUUCAAUAUGUUGACAAUCUCCAUGUUUUUGGUACAAACAAAGCAAUUGUUGAGGAGCGUUUCUGGCGGGCAGUUGAGGCCCUUCGGGGCCGGGGGCUCACAGUGCACGAGAUAGAGGUGAAUGAAGGGGAAUGUCAGGUGCUGGGCUGGGCAGUCGAUCGGGCUGGACUCUUCGGCCCGACCCCCAAAAGACUAUGGAGGGCUAGGCUGGCUGUCCGUGAGAUCUUGAGGAGAAAUGCUGCAAGUGGCCAACAGUUAGAGAGGCUGCUCGGGCACAUCACCUUCAUCUCCCUGUGCCGCAGGGAGGCUCUAUCAGUGCUGGGUGAGACCUACACUUUCACCCGGAAGAACUACACCAGAGUUGCGCCUUUGUGGAAAAGUGUGAGGAAAGAGCUGAGCACAUGGGACGGGAUCUCACCCCUGAUUUUUGUCAACCUGCGUGCACCAUGGUCCACCACCUUGUACUCCGUUGACGCCUCGGACUGGGGAAUGGGAGUCACCACUUCAAACAUCACCCGUGACGAAGCUUCGAUGCUGGGGAAGUACACAGAGAGGCAGUUGGCGCUACAGCGGAAGGAAGAGAGCAGGCUGUUGGUUUUGAGUUUGUUGACAGAUCAUGGAAACUGGUUGGUAGGCUCCUUCAGGCAGAUGAUACACCGCCAACUGGGAGUACAGGCCACAUGGGACAGACCCUCAAAGAAAAGCCGCUGCUCAAAACCGAAGAGCAGUGGGGUCUCCACACCCACGGGACCGAUGCCACCCAUGGCCCCGUUGACAUGGGACAUAGAGAUGAGCACCGCAAGUGGCGGGGCAAAAAGGAAAGAGAGGGCGGCAAGAAGAGCAAGAGCAAAGCAGGCGGAUCCACAGCACACUCUCCGGAACAAUGCAGUGGGGCCCCGGACUUUGCAGCAGUACAACAAGCAUUGGAAAGAUUUUGUCGAGUGGACAGGCUGUCUGGUGAGCGAGGCUGCGAGUCUCCCAACGAUAGACAACCACCUUGCCGACUAUCUGGAGAUGCUUUACCACAAAGGAGAAGAUCUGAGCCAAGCAAACUAUGCCACGGCUGCAGUGAUGUUCAAGGUCCCAGGCACAAAGGGCCUACACCAGCUGCCGAAGUCACAGCAGGCGAUGAAGGGCUGGAGGCGAUUGUGUCCGGCUCGGAGUCGCUUGCCAGUUCCAUACGAGGUGGUUUGUUUGCUCAGUCAAGUGGCCUUAAAGAGCGGGAAGGUGGAGCUGGCCAUUGCCCUCCAACUGAUGUUCCUACUCUACCUGAGGCCAUCCGAGAUCACAACACUGAGGGUGCAAGACAUAGUGCCCCCAGUGAAGACCAGGGGCCGGCGCUACCCCCACUAUGCCGUGCUGCUACAUCCCUCCGAAGCGGGGAUUCCUUCAAAGACAAAGCAAUGGGACGAGAUGUUGACAUUGGACCUCCCACAUCAACAGUUUGUGGGCCCGACAUUGUUCAAGAUCCUGAACCUGGCAAGCCGACCAAAGGACGACCCGGCUUUCAGUGUCACUCUGGAGGAGAUCAACGACUUCAUGGGUCAGCAAUGGAAGGCACAGCGGCUCACCAGCCUCGGCCCUCCUCACCUUUACCGUUUGAGGCACGGGGGGGCGAGUUUCGAGGCGGCUGGCAAGCACCGCGACAUGGUGGGAAUCCAAGCCAGGGGCCGUUGGCAGACAGUCAAGUCGGUCAAGAACUACGAAAAGGGCGGCCGGUUGCAGCAACUUUUCGCCGCCCUCCCAAAGGCAGUUCAGAAGCGCUGCACCGAGGCUUUCCGCGACAUGGCCAAAAGUUUCCGCAGCCUGCAUUGAGCAAUAGAGUGGUUUUGCAUUUUGCAGUGUUUUUGGAGAUCUUUAGUGGUUGCGGUCGCCUUGGGAAGAGCAUACAUCGUGUUUGUGGGUGGC